AUGCAUGUUCUUGGAUACAGCCCAUCUCAUUUCAUCCAUGUCACUGUUAAUAACCUACACAUCCUUGGAUUCAGCCCAUCUUGUUUCAUCAGUGUCAUUGUUAAUAACUUGCAUAUCCUUGGAUGCAGCCCAACUCGUUUCAUCAGAGUCACUGUUAAUAACCUACAUAUUCUAGGAUACAGCCCAUCUCUUUUCAUCAGCGUCACUGUUAAUAACCUGCAUAUCCUUGGAUACACCCACCUAGUUUCAUCAGUGUCACUCCCAUCUCGUUUCAUCAGUGUCACUGUUAAUAACCCACAUAUCCUUGGAUACAGCCCAUCUCAUUUCAUCAGUGUCACUGUUAAUAACCUACAUAUCCUUGGAUAUAGCCCAUCUCAUUUCAUCAGUGUCACUGCUAAUAACCUGCAUAUCCUUGGAUACAACCCAUCUCUUUUCAUCAGCGUCACUGUUAAUAACCUGCAUAUCCUUGGAUACAGCCCAUCUCGUUUCAUCAGUGUCACUGUUAACCUGCAUAUCCUUGGAUACAGCCCAUCUCGUUUCAUCAGUGUCACUGUUAAUAACCUACAUAUCCUUGGAUACAGCCCAUCUCAUUUCUUCAGUGUCACUGUUAAUAACCUGCAUAUCCUUGGAUACAGCUCAUCUCGAUUCAUCAGUGUCACUGUUAAUAACCUACAUAUUAUUGGAUACAGCCCAUCCCGUUUCAUCAGUGUCACUGUUAAUAACCUGCAUAUCCAUGGAUACAGUCCAUAUAGUUUCAUCAGUGUCAGUGUUAAAAACCUGCAAAUUCUUGGAUACAGCCCAUCUCGUUUCAUCUGUGUCACUCUUAAUAACCUCCCGUCUCGUUUCAUCCCUGUCACUGUUAAUAACCUUCAUAUCCUUGGAUACAGCACUUCUCAUUUCAUCCUUGUCACUGUUAAUAACCUACAUAUCCUUGGAUACAGCCCAUCUCAUUUCACCAGUGUCAUUGUUAAUAACCUGCAUAUCUUUGGAUACAGCCCAUCUCGUUUCAUCAGUGUCACUUUUAAUAACCUGCAUAUCCUUGGAUACUGCCCAUCUCGUUUCAUCAGUGUCGCUGUUAAUAACCUGCAUAUCCUUGGAUACAGCCCAUCUCAUUUCAUCAGUGUCACUGUUGAUAACCUGCAGAUUGUUGGAUGCAGCCCAUCUCGUUUCAUCAGUGUCACUGUUAAUAACCUACAUAUCCUAGGAUACAGCCCAUCUCAUUUCAUCAGUGUCACUGUUAAUAACCUACAUAUCCUAGGAUACAGCCCAUCACGUUUCAUCAGUGUCACUGUUAAUAACCUACAUAUCCUAGGAUACAGCCCAUCUCAUUUCAUCAGUGUCACUGUUAAUAACCUACAUAUCCUAGGAUACAGCCCAUUACGUUUCAUCAGUGUCACUGUUAAUAACCUACAUAUCCUAGGAUACAGCCCAUCACGUUUCAUCAGUGUCACUGUUAAUAACCUACAUAUCCUAGGAUACAGCCCAUCUCAUUUCAUCAGUGUCACUGUUAAUAACCUACAUAUCCUAGGAUACAGCCCAUCUCAUUUCAUCAGUGUCACUGUUAAUAACCUACAUAUCCUAGGAUACAGCCCAUCACGUUUCAUCAGUGUCACUGUUAAUAACCUAUAUAUCCUAGGAUACAGCCCAUCUCGUUUCAUCAUUGCCACUGUUAAUAACCUACAUAUCCUAGGAUACAGCCCAUCUCAUUUCAUCAGUGUCACUGUUAAUAACCUACAUAUCCUAGGAUACAGCCCAUCACGUUUCAUCAGUGUCACUGUUAAUAACCUAUAUAUCCUAGGAUACAGCCCAUCUCGUUUCAUCAUUGCCACUGUUAAUAACCUGCAUGUUCUUUGA